AAACUCAGAGCAAGCGCAUGAGUUGCGCAAAGCGUUAUAAAAUUGCGCGAAGAGUCGCUGAACAUCGACGAAAAGAGAGGAAAGAAGCAAAAAAAAAUCCUCGGUCAAAUAAAUUGAAAAAAGAUCCGGGCAUACCAAAUUUAUGGCCAUUUAAGAAUCAACUUUUGAAUAAAAUUGAGCAACAAAAACGAAAGGUUGAAGAUGAGAAACUGCGUCAAAGAGAAGCUCGUAACGCUCUGUUCAAUAAGAAUCGCGAUGUUGUAGCUCUGUUCAAUAAGAAUCGCGAUGCUGUAGCUAUUGAUCAUAAUGAUACUAUUGAUCAUAAUGAUACUAUUG